AUGGCGGGGGCUACUACUCUGCUUCGUUCUCCUCGCCGAAUCUCUCGUUUUGCCUUACCAUCAUCUUCAUCUUGUUCUUUCUCUUCAGUUUCUGCUCCUAGAAACCACCGCCACCGUCCGAUUCCGGACGUCCCCACCGCACCCUCUCUGCUCCGAAGCCACAUAAUAUUACUCCCCUCUUCCUCCCACCCCCAUGUCACAACCCACUUCAGGUGCCUCUCCUCACGAGCCGUCCCCGCUUCUUCUGACACCCCACCAUCUGAGUGCCCGGAGGUGAAAGAUGAAGUUUUGGACAAGCUAGGAUUCGAGAAGGUUACCGAAGAGUUCAUUGGGGAGUGCAAGUCGAAAGCUUUACUUUUCCGGCACAAAAAGACCGGUGCCCAAGUCAUUUCUAUGUCCAACGACGAUGAACAAAAGGUCUUUAGCAUUAUUUUCCGGAACCCACUGAAGGAUUCCACUGGAAUUUCACAAAUACUGCAACGGAGUGUAUACUGUGGGUCAAGAAAGUACCCUGUGAAAAAUCCAUUUGAGGAGGUGAUUGGAGGGACCUUGGGUAAUUUUUCGGAAAAAUUCAUAUAUUCUGAUAGGACUUGCUACGUAGUUACUUCCGCACAUACAAAGGAUUUUUAUAAUCUGGUUGAUAUGAACCUCGACGCCGUCUUCUUUCCCAAAUGUGUGGAGGACUUACAGAUUUUCCGGCAGGAGGGUUGGCAUUUCGAGCUCAACGACCCUUCCGGGGACAUAUCUUAUAAAGGAGCUGUCUUCAAUCAGAUGAAAAAGUAUUAUUCUCAGCCUGAGCCUAUAAGUAUAUUAAAGAAGACUACUCGACAGGCCAUUUUUCCAGAGACUACAUAUGGUUUUGACUGUGCAGGUGAUCCAAAAGUUAUUCCCCAAUUGUCAUUUAAGGAAUUCAAGGAGUUCCACCGUAAAUAUUACCAUCCCAGUAAUGCAAGGAUAUGGUUUUAUGGAGAUGAUGAUCCAACUGAGCGCCUGCGCAUUUUGAGUGAGUACCUGGAUAUGUUUGAUGCAAGCUCAGCUCCAAAUGAAUCGAGGAUUAAACCACAGAAGCUAUUUUCAGAACCAGUUAGGAUUUUUAAGAAAUAUCCUUCUAUUCCAUUUGCUGAUUUAAAAAAGAAAAACAUGGUAUGCCUCAGUUGGUUGCUCUGUGAUGGGCCUCUAGACAUGGAGACUGAGCGGACGAUUCAGGUUUUGCUUCAUCUUAUGUCGGGAACUAUUUUUUCUCCACUGAAAAGAAUCUUGCUUGAAAAUGGCUUUGUAGAUGUUUUUAUUGAGGUUUCUGUUGAUCUCCUUCAACCUCUAUUUAGUGUUGGGGUGAUGAGUGUUUCUCAUGAUGACAUUUUAAAAGUAGAAGAAUUAGUCAUGAGUACACUUAAGAAAUUAGCAAAGGGAGGCUUUCAUUCAGAUACUCUGGAAGUAUCCUUGAAUGGGAUGGAGUUUAAUCUCAGGGAAUACAAUGAUGAACCAUAUACUCGAGGCGUGUCCUUAUUGGUUCGAUCCAUGGAUAAAUGGAUAUUUGAUAUGGAUCCCUUUGAGCCAUUAAAGUAUGGGACAUUUUUAACGGCACUGAAAUCCAGAAUACAAAAGGAAGGCUCUAAGGCUGUUUUCUCUCCUCUGAUAGAGAAAUUCAUUUUGCACAAUCCUCAUAGAGUUGUGGUAGAAAUGCAGCCCGAUCCACAAAAGGCUUCUCGUGCUGAAAAAGCUGAGAAAGAAAUUCUGGGGAAAGUUAAAGCAAGCUUAACAGAUAAAGAUCUCGCUGGCCUGGUACGUGCUACACAGGAGCUGCGACUGAAGCAGUCAACUCCUGACCCACCAGAAGCUAUGAGAAGUGUUCCAAGCCUCUCUCUGCAAGACAUUCCAAAGGAACCUACUACUGUUCCAAAAGAGGUUGACUAUAUCAAUGGAGUUAAAGUAUUGCAGCAUGAUCUCUUCACAAAUGAUGUCCUUUAUACUGACAUUGUGUUUGAUAUGAGUUCAGUAAAGCAAGAGCUUAUCCCUUUGGUACCCCUUUUCUGUUACGCAUUGCAAAACAUGAAUACAAAAGACACAUGUUUUGUUGGUCUUCGUCACUUGACUCUAAGAAAAACUGGUGGAAUAUCAAUUGAGUCAAUGAUACGGUGCACGGAAGAUCCCUGUUGCCAUAUAAUUGUUCGAGGGAAAGCCAUGGCCAAACGUGCUGAAGAUCUAUUUCGCCUGAUAAACUAUCUUCUUCAAGAAGUCCAGUUUACAGACCACCGGUGGCUUAAGCGGCUUGUUUCCCAUGCUAUAGUGCAGUACCAACAAAGUGCUGAACUUAAAGGUCAGAACAUUAUUGCGUUAAGGAUGGACGCAAAGCUAAAUGUUUUUGGGUGGAUUCGUGAACAAAUGUGUGGUAUCAGUCACUUGGAGUUUCUACGAGCGCUUGAAAAGAAAGUUGAUCAAGAUUGGGAAAGAAUUUCUUCAUCUCUCGAGGAGAUUCGCAAGUCCUUGUUUACUAGGAAAGGUUGUAUAAUUAAUAUGACUGCUGAAGGGAAGAAUCUUACCAAAUCUGAGCAGUUUGUUGGCAAAUUUCUGGAUUUGCUGCCUGGUAACCCUCCCUGUGCAACAACUACUUGGAAUGCUAGACUACCUUGUGUAAAUGAAGCCAUUUUAAUACCUACUCCGGUUAACCAUGUUGGAAAAUCUGUUAACAUUGAUAACACUGGUUAUCGGGUUAAUGGAAGAACAGAUGUUAUCUCCACAUUUCUUGUUUGUGCACGUACAUGGUUGCCUGAUCGCACAGUAAUUAGUGGUGCAGUUUAUGCCACUUAUCGCUCUGAUAAUUACUUAGGAGCAUGCUCUUUCUUACCUUCUGGUGACACCAACUUGUUGAAGACCCUUGACCGAUAUGAUAACACUGGAGAUUUUCUACGACAAUUAGAAAUGGAUAAUGAUACUCUUAAAAUGGCCAUUAUUCAGGCACUUAAAAACGACUCAUGCAAGUAUCUUGAUCCCAAAGCCAAAGGUUACAAUAGUUUGGAGCAGUACUUAACGGGAGUCACAGAAGAAGAUAGGAAAAGGAGACAUGAAGAGAUGUUGUCAACCAGCUUGAAGGACUUCAAGGAAUUUGCAGAUGCAUUUGACGCAGUCAAAGACAAAGGGGUUGUUGUUGCAUUGGGAGCACCAAAUGAUGUUCAUGCAGCACUAAAAGAGCGACCUGACUUCUUUCAAGUAAAGACACCCUUCACCCGUGCAGAAUUUUAG